AAGGGAGGAGGGGUGUGCUAACUAUCAAAACAUUUUCUCAUUCGACUAAAAUGAGCUUUCGAAAACAUUGCCGAGAACUUUUUACCUGACGCUUUUAUCGCCUCACGACACCUUCAAUGCUUGAGAGAAAGAGUCUUUAAAGUACUUGACAAAAUGAUUGAAUCUUGUGAUGAAUCACAUGUAGAAAGUAAAGGUCAAAACCAUCUGGACAGUAAUGGACCCUCUGGGAAGUUGAAGGGAGUACAGUGCAGCGUCUGUCGGUCCGUCGCACCUGUGAUCUCACCUGAGUCCGCCUGCGCGAGCAUGUCGCUUCCAGGCGUGAUGGACGCAGAGGGGCGAGUGGACGAAUCCAGGCUCAGGAUGCAUAUUUUUAAAAACGGUGGCGUGGCGCCCGAUGAACGUGGUCUGGUUUGGCGUUUUCUGUUUGGCAUGUACCCCUGCAGCUCUACGGCUCUGGAGCGCCCCCUGCUGCUGGAGCAGAUGGCGGUGCGCUAUCAGGUCAUGAAGAGGAAGUGGCAACAGCUGCUUCCUGGAGCCGUUCAUCUGCGUCUUAAUGGCACUGAUGCUGAACUGCUGACAGCAGUGAAGUAUUUUGAGCAGAGGCAGGACAGAGAGCAGAAUAACCAGCAGUUUGAGUCUGAAGAGGCUGGAGAGAAGAUGUCCUUCUUGCAACUGCAGGCUCAGGUGUUAUUUAAACGGGUAACCUUUGACCUGGAAGAGCUUCAGGAGGCCGUACGCAUCAUUGACAAAGAUGUUCCCCGAACAGACCGAGAUCUUCCAUACUUCCGGAAUGAAGGUUUGGGUAACCUGCUUGUCUUGAGAGAUAUCCUAAUCACAUAUGCUGCUUUUCACCCAGAAGUAAGUUACGCCCAGGGUAUGAAUGAUCUGUGCAGUCGCUUUCUGGAGGUGCUGCACUCAGAAGUGGACACUUACUGGAGCUUCUCCUGCUACAUGGAGAAGUUUUCUAAAGACUUCUGUGCUGAUGGACUGUAUCGCAAAAUGGAGUUGGAAGCUGCUUUACUAAAAGAGCUUGAUCCUCAACUAUACUCCCAUCUGGUCACAGACAACAUGGAAAAAAUCACUUUUUGUCACAGGUGGCUUCUGUUGGGUUUCCAGCGGGAGUUUGAGCACAGCGAUGCUCUGCGUCUGUUCGAGAUUUUCAGCUGUGAUCAUCUGGAGCUCAUCUCGCAGCAGGUGGAUCGGGCUCGAUAUCAGGAGAGACUGGCACGCAAAUACAGCCUGGAGGAUGAACCUGUGAAGGAGCUCCAAGCCGUAAACAGAGACUUCACCUUUGAACUCUUCAUGUGUGCCACCAUCUUACUGGAGAACCGAGAAGCUUUACUCAGCUGCAGGAACGAUGCUCAGCUCAUACAGUUUACCAGCAGUCUGCAGGGCAAGAUGGACCUGAACAGCACCCUGAAAAAAACUGAGGAACAUUUUUACAACUACUGCAAACGCUCAGCCUGGGACUAUCUGAGAGGCCGCUGUCGCAUGCGCAAGAGCAAAGAGGACCACUUUUUAUAUCAACUACGUAACCUUUUCUCCUGAGACCAAAAGGCCUUAAGUGGAAUUUUCAAGAAAAGAGUUUUGUUGACAGAAACUCCUGGAAAAAAAUGUGAUUUUAUGUCCCAGUGGGACUUUCAUUUUAUUCUAAAGAAUGAUGCUGUUUUUAACCAGGGUUUUGUGGGAACCAGAUGGACUUCUUCCAUACAGUUCCUACAGUAUUUGAUCUUAAUUUCCCAGGCUUUUAUUAUGGUGCCAGAAUUUAUGUGAGAACAGCUCAAAAUACUAAUUUAUUCACUCUAAGAUCAUCACAUAAGUAUUGUAUAUCACUUUUACCCUGAUCAUGCUUGAACAGAUAUUUAAUAGUACUGAAGACUUGAUUAAAGCAAUAUUUCACCCAAAAUGGAAACUUGCUGAAAAUGUACUCACCCUCAGGCCAUCUGAGUUUUAGAUGAGUUUGUUUCUUCAUCAGAACAGAUGUGGAGGAAUUUAGCAUCACAUCACUUGUUCA